AGAUGUUUGCUGCAACACAGAGUUAUAUUCCUGGACUCAGUAAAAGACCCGUUACUCCACCAGAAGAAAAAAUUCCAGCCUCCAAAAUCCCGAAAGAGGUUCCAAAGGAGCUAAUAGACAACUUCAGGAAUGGAUCCAAGCAGCCGAUUAGUGCCCUGAAUGAGUUCUGUUCAUUACAGCGACGAGUCGUGUCUUAUCGCGAGGACGCGGUAAUGGUGGCCACAUACAAACAGACUUUUGCCUACGUGUGUAAAGUAGAUGGUAAGGAAUAUCCCCAGGGUAUCGGCUCCACCAAGAAAGAGGCCAAGACAAACUCUGCCAAGAUCGCAUUCAACAUCAUUCUGGGGUUUGAUAAAGAGGAAGAAUUAGAGGAGGAUGAUGGGUCAGUGCAGUUUGAUGCAAUGGGGAGGAAGCUACAAACAGAGCCAGGAAGACUUGGUUCACACGAGAAACCACUAAAACCUGAUGAAUCGAAGAACCCUAUAAACAAACUCCAGGAAUACUGUGCCCAUAAAAUGCUUCCAUUCAAGAUUGAUGUCGGUGAUCAGAAGGGACCUCAAGGGUUUGUUGCUGCAGUUUUUGUGCGGGAUGAGUUCAUUGUGGAAACUUUUGCCAGUACAAAGAAAGAGGCCAAGAAAAACGCAGCUGAACAAGCUUUAUACCGACUGAUGGCCAAUGAUGAGAUUAUCAAGAAUCAGACAAUAAAUUUGACACUGGAAGACAAAAUGGCAGAAGCCUGUUUUAGACAUGCCCAUAAGAUACUCAACAUUGUCCCAGUAGUUCUACAAAAGGAUCUUCAUCUGGCUGCGUUUCUUGUCAAAAGAGGUGACUCUGUGGGGGACGUGGUUGCUAUGGGGACGGGGUGUCGUACUCUGUCCAGUGAGAGCUUUACGCGGGACGGCAGAUGUCUGGUGGACAGUCAUAGCGUUGCCAUGGCGAGGAGGGCCUUUCUGAAGUACUUGUAUAAGGAGGCCAAGAGUUACUAUGAGGGCAGUAAGGUGUUGUCUAUAUUUGAGCAGGAGUCGGAGAAAUCACACAGUCUGAAGUUAAAGGACCACGUCUCUAUCCAUCUUUACAUGAGUCAUCCGAGCUGUGGAGAUUACGCUUACUACGUAGACGAACUACCUAAUCGCCCCCUGACACCCACAACAGAAGGUUUGGUCAGUAAGGGUGCACAUGUACCAACCUUCAGCGAAGACCUGCCGGGCUGGUUCUGUACAAAGAAUGAGGAUGGUAUGGUUGAGCCAGUGGAGGAGCAUCAGAAGCCUCAGGUGGCGAGUGAGAUCGAGGCUGGUGAAGACCUCCUGGUCAUGUCCUGUAGUGACAAACUGUUACAGUGGAACGUGUGCGGCCUCCAGGGGGCGCUCCUCAGCUACUUCAUGUCACCGGUGUACUUAUCAUCCAUCAUUGUAGGUAAAGCUUAUGACCAUGGACAUUUCUGUCGAGCCGUUUGUUGCCGUGUUUAUGAUGUCCUACAGGAAUCCUUACCCCCCAAGUACACAAUUACUCACCCAGUUCUCUCCCACCCAAACCUUGCCUGUCCAUUUAAAGGGACACAACCUACUCCUCUCAGUGCUAAUUGGUCUGAGGGGGAUGAGAGAGUAGAGAUUGUUAAUGCGUACAGCGGAAGGACAGACCCUAUGUCCCCACAUCAAGCAGGUCCUACUGGAGCUAGCAGGUUGUGCAAGGCAGGGUUUCUACACAGAUUUAAAGAGUUAUCAAAAGUGACAAAACAGCAUCAGCUGUUAAACUUUGCCUCGUACUCGGCAGCUAAACAAUCUAGUCAGGCAUAUCAGACUGCAAAACAUGCCUUCCGACAGCACUGUGCCAUGAUAGGGAUAGGGGAAUGGGUCAGACUACCGCCAGAGGUGGAUUUGUUUCAGAAAUAAUACAGAAUAGUGCCAAUCUCAUUCAAUUCAGGCUGGAUUUUCAGUGAGAGACAAGUCCCACAGGAGUGAUGUUCUUAUAUACUGACACGCAAAAGAAACGCAACAAACAGUUAUCUUCAAAUGUUUGAAUUUUUUAUCUAAUGAUUUUCAAAAAAUAAUGCAGUAAGGCUAAACUCAUUUUUCAGAACAUCAGAGAUUUGAUAAAAAUGUGAAAUGUUUUUCUUUUAACUUUACUAAGUAACAUAUGACUGUUAAAACACCCCCCCUCCCUCCUAGCCAUUCAAUUACAAUGUGCAAGACUGCCUUAAACAAUAAUUGCAGCUUAAUUUCUAUGAUACAAUAGGUUAAUCAAUAUCGAGAUCUGAGCGAAUGAAUUAUUCUUUGCCAUUUUUAAAUGCCUGUUUUUCAGAUGAUUAGGUCGAAUUUUCUCUAACUUAGCACAUUGUUGUAACCCUUGGACUUCCGGUCCAAGGACUAUCAUUUAUGCAUAUGAUACAUAAGACCCCAUUGAGGUGUAAUGCAGUGUAUUUUUGCAUCAUAAACUCUCCAUCACCUUUACGUUGAGAUUUUCCAGUUAGAGCAAUGGAAAUGCGUACUUAAGCCAUUUUCGAGAAGCCUUAGCAUUGUUACGGGAAAUGAAAGGAGGUUUUAUUUUUUGAAAUAUUGCUGCAUUACUUAAGAUGAACAGUACUAACGCUUAAAACUCCAUAAUAUUGCCAAAUGUUUUGAUAAACAUGCAAUUUUUUAUUUCUGUUAAGCAGACUCAAACUUGACUUCCGGUUAUGGUACGAAAAUCGUUCAACCGUUAAAUUAUUGAUAUUUACUAAAUUGAAGAUAUCCAUAAUUUUAAGGUACAAAAUUCUUUACUUUACAUAAUUAUUUCCCCCUAAAGUAGGGUGCUGCGUUUCUUUAGUGUGUCAGUAUAUAUAGGUGAUUGGUUCCAGUCCGGGAUAAAUGAAAAGGUAGCUUUCCAUCCCAACAUUUAAUGAGUUAUGUCAAAGGUAGAUUCCAGAGUAACUUGAAGCCCUUCUUGGACUAAUUUUUUUAUUGGAUGAUACAUGUACAUCUAGGGAUGCACACUACCCAACCUCCUUUGGGUGCUAGAUCUGAUCUGAAUGAUUUUAAGCCAUACUUUAACCAAAUAAGCAUAGAUUUUGACAUUUUGUAUAGAUCUAGAGAAGGACACUUCCAGACUUGCUUUGGAUUCUGAAUAUGGCCAACCUUAUCCAAAUGAGUUUCCAGGGUUAUGUUUUGGAGUAGCCUGAUAAUCUUAUGUCUGUAAAGCUUUGAUUUGCAUGGAUGGUGCAUCUAAGGAUGGACACUUCCAGACAUGCUUAAGAUGUUAAACCUGACAGAAGUUUCCUUCAUUAGGUUAAAGCAGGUUCAUUUCCUAGUAGUUAUAAGUCCUGUUUUAAUCAAACUUGCAUGAAUAUUGUUCUUGAUACGUACACUAACUAGAACAAACAGUUUGAUAUUCAGGAGCAUGCUCUGAGUGCAAAGUUUUUAACGGAGGUGAGCUACAGACAAAUAAGUCCCAAAUUCUACGGUCUUUAAAUGACUUUGUAAAGACAACAUAUCCUUGUGAUCUUUUUUUUGUCUGAUGUGUUUGAAAACACUGAUUCAUUUCAUUUCUACUGCCUAUGAAGUACUAGUUCUAUGUAUCCCAGAUAAACGACCUCGGCGUGUGUGACCGGUGAACAGUAGAUAACAUAAGAUCCUAUGUCAGAUGUUUCCAGGGUUCGAUGUUUUGGCCCUGCUUACGAUUUCUUUUGUUUACUGGAUCAGUGAGAUUUAAUAUAAUUUGUUAUCUUGUCAUUUUAUUUUUAUAAAGUCGAUAAACUUGAAUUCAGUGAAAUAUUUAUUUUUAUACCAUUUUUUUUUGUACCUAAAAUGUGCUUUUUUUUUUCAAUUGAAGAAACAAUUUGAAAAUUUAUGUUACUCGAAACAUGCAAGAAUGUUUUAAAAUAUUGAAAGAGAAAUAAAUCGAACUUGAUUUGAA